UCCAUUUAUACUGGUCUCCGCCUAGCUCUAUAUACUGGUUUCCGCCUAUCUACAUUUACUUGUCUCCGUUUAGCUCUGUAUACUGGUCACCACCUAACUCUGUAUACCGGUCUCCGCCUAGCUCUAAAUACCAGUCUCCGCCCAGCUUCAUAUACUGGUAUCCGCCUUGAUCCGCAUAUUGGGCUUAACCUAGCUCUGUAUACUGCUCCACCUAGCUCUGUUUACGAGUCUCCGCCUAGCUCCGUAUACUGGUCUCAUUCAAGCUCUGUUUAACGGGCUUCACCUAGCUCCUUAUGCUGGUUUCCACCUACCUUUGCAUACUGAUCCCCGCAUAGCAAUAUAUACUAGUCUCCGCCUAGUUCAGUAUACUGGUCACAGCCAAGUUCAGUAUACUGGUAUCCGCCUAGUUCCUUAUAUUAGUCUCCGCCUAGCUCCGUAUUCUAUUCUCCGCCUAGUUUAGUAUACUGGUCACAAUCACAGCCUAGUUUCCGCCUAGCUUUUCAUACUGGUCUCUGGCAACCUCCGUACACAACACAAAUAUCUGCCUAGCUUCGAAACUACACCAAAUACUCAAUCCAGCUCCUUACAAUGGUCUCCUUACAAAGGCCUCCACCAAACCUAAGACAAUAGUCUUCAACCCGCUCCGUUCUUGUUCUACCUUAAACUUGAACUCUACUUCUGCGCAGAGAAAAGGAAAUAUCUAACGAUGUUGGGAGGCUGGGAGGUGGUUUAUGGUAUAAUGCUGACUAUCUCAAUCUCCGAAAACCUGAUAGUUAUUUGGAUAAUUCUAUGUCAUUCAUCAAUGCGCACAGUCACCAACUUCUUCCUUGCACAUCUAGCUGUUUCUGAUCUUACAAUGUGCAUAUUCAAUUGUGCAUUCAACCUCGACUACAUGUUGCACAAGAACUGGAAGUUUGGGCGGAACUACUGUAUAGUAAGCAACUUUAUGUCCCUGUACACGGUGGCCUCUUGUGUGUUUUCUUUACUAGCACUUACAUUCGAGAGGUACUAUGUUGUAAUGAUGCCGCUACGAAGACGACCAACCCGCAUCUGCGCAGUUAGCGGUAUUGCAAUCAUCAUCAUCACCUCCUCGCUACUCUGCCUUCCCACCCUUCUAUUCUCAGUUAUUGGAGAUAUCAGAAAUGAAGCUGGAGAAGACAGUAAGGUUUGUUUCUUACUUUGGCCUGAUGGAUUACCCUUUCAAUCAACACAGGACUUCUGGUACAACACUUUCUUCCUUACUGCGACCUACUUCAUUCCUGUCCUAAUCAUGGGAUACUGUUAUACCAGGAUGGGGUUAAAGCUGUGGGGUGGGGAGCAGAUCCUAGAGGGAGCACCUCCUAACCCAGCUCUUGAGAGGGCGCGCCACAAGAAACGAAAGAUUGUGAAGAUGAGCUUUGCGGUCAUUUUGUUGUUUGCAGUUUGCUGGCUUCCUUAUCAUCUUUACUUUCUCAUCAUAUACCUUUACCCAGGAGCUAUGAUCCUGCCCUGGUUGGAUGAUGCCUACCUAACAGUCUAUCUGAUGGCAAUGUCAACCUCACUUAUCAACCCAACCAUCUACUAUAUCAUGAACAGAAAAUUUCGAGAUUACUUCCACACGGCACUCUGCAUAAACCGAUGCAGGGCUAUUAGGAGAUCUCCGAUUUUGAAUCCUAUCGUCCGAACUUCUGUACGAUCCAAUCAAAACAGUAUUCACACAAACCUUGUCGAUCGACGGCUUUCAAGCAGAGUUGGUUCCAUCAGUAUCAGCCUAGCCCCUCAUCCCUCCCCCAUCCAAACCAGAUCAAACUCACCCCUAUCCUGUAGAUCCAACAGACUGGAGAUACCUAGAGAAUACUGUAACCCAACUCUUCAAGUUCCGGCCCCACCGUCACAACACCAGGAUAUUGCCCAAAAAAGGCAAAAUAGAAAUUACUCUUCGAAUCUGAAUGAUGCUGUGAACAUCAAGAUGCCACAGGUUAGUGAUUCACAAGAACAAAUACAAGAUAAUUGUCAAAACUUAUCUGGCAGUGACAGCUGUCAACAGCCUUGUGAAAAAGACAGCUGUCAACAGCCUUAUGAAAAAGGGAGCUGUCGACCAACUUGUGACAAGGAUAGUUCUGCACAUUCUUUAGGCAAGGACCGCUGUUCUACACAGUCUUGUGGCAAUGACAGUCGUCCACAGUCUUGUGAAAAUGACAGUUGUCAUCCUGUUUGUGAUUAUGACAGCUGUCCAAAACAGCCCUGUGACAAUGACAGCAGCCAAUAUACCAGUGAUAAUGACAGCAUCCUGCAUUUAGCUCAGAAUGGCAGCUGCCCGCAGAUAUCUCAGAAUGACACCUAUGCACAGUUAUCUCAAACUGACUGCUGCCCACUGUUAGGUGACAAUGACAGCUGCCCACUGCCAUGUGACAGUGCCAGCUGUCCGCAGAUUAUAGAUUCUCCCAUUGAAAAUCAAAAUAUCAAUCUAGAGCUGAGCGAUGUUAGAACGCCUGCCAAAAAACUACCAAUUAAGCUUAGCAGUGACAGCUUGAUAAAAAAACAAAAUGUCGAUACUCCUACUAUUGGUAUUGGAUGUAGAAAAAGGCUAAACAAAAUUGGCGCAUUAGUACAGAAACCAUCCUGGGAGGAAACUACUGUUUAACGAUGCUACAUGGAAACUAACCUAGUGGAAACCGACCUAGAGUAAACUACCUAAUCAUUGAGUAGUUAGAAAGGAAAUAUCGCGUAGUUUAAACUUGCACGCAUUUUUACGGAUUUAAAUCGGCUCUCCAUUAGAAAUUCGUCUAAUCCAACUUCACUCUCCUGACCAAACCUAUUUUCAGAUUUAACACAAAUUUAGGUCAGAAAACACUUAGGUCAGAAUUUUCACUAGGUCAGAUGAGCGGGUACCUUUUAAACAUCUUGUGAUUACUUAGAAAAAGGUGUAAUAUUUUUUACAUAAAAAGCCAGUUUUGGCUAGUGUAAUUAACUCAAUCUAGUUAUUCAUAAAUUUUGACCAUUAUUACAUACAUGUUUGUAAAUAUGUAAUGUAUGUAUUAUGUAGUAUUUGUACAUAUACAAUGUCGGAAAACUCUGUCAGGUCUAUAUGGUCUGGAAAACUCAUAAUAAGCAGAAAUACCCUCAAACCCUGUCAAACCAGAAGCAGUUUAAAAUUUUUAUAUCUCAUGAAAAAAUAGGUCAAACAAUCAUCACAAAAUAGUUUAAAUGAUUAAAAAAAAUAUUUCACAUCGACAUAGUAAUAGUUGAAAUAAA